AGAAAAGGGUCACUGCUACAAAGGAGAGGAAAGAAAAGGAGAGAAAGAGACGACAGACACAGGCAAACACACACACAUAGACAUAUACAGCAAGAAAAGAAAAGAAAAGAAAGGAAAAGAAAAGGAGGGAAUUGAAGAAAGCUUUCAAUACCUUAGAAGAGAAAACGAUGUCUUAAGAGCUCUCUCUUUUACAUAUCCUUUCAUUCUCUGCAACUCUCUAACAAGAGAUGGUAUAGAUGAUGAUGAUGAUGAUGAUGAAGGCUUGUUGAUAUAUGAUUCUAAAGAAAUUCUAUGGCUUCCCAAGGUUACCAUCACCACCACCACCACCACCACCAUCAAGCAGCUGCUGGUAUCUUCAGUUUCUCAAAUGGGUUCGAGAGAUCAGCCAUAAACCACCAAGAACAGCAGCAGCAGCUGGUACAACAGAUCCGGAGAGAUAAGUUAAGGAUUCAAGGGUUUGAACCACCACCACCACCAUUAGUAGGGAUUGAAGAAGAAGAAUCGAAUGCUUUACCUGUUUAUGAACCAACAGGUAUGUUAUCAUCGGAAAUGUUUUAUUUUCCUUCAAGUGUGACAGUGACCGCCGCUUCCACCGAGUUAUUAGACCAGUCUUUGCAAGCUAAUUAUCGAGGACAGUUAGGUGAAUCAAAGAACCACCGUGAUAGUUUAGCUCAACAACAACAGUUGCCAAGUAUUAAUGCUGAUUCAGCAGCUGCCAUGCAUCUUUUCUUGAUGAACCCACAAACAAGGUCACCUUCCCCUCCACCACCACAACCACAACCACCACCACCAGGGUUUCAAGGAGGUGCUUUUCCACCUCAAUUCACUUGGGUUCCUGAUAAUUCCCAUGAAGGAGGCCAUGGCCAAGGCCAAGGCCUUUCACUAUCUUUAUCAUCUUUACAACACUUGGAAGCAGCCAAAUUGUAUUAUAACCAAGGAGGUGCUGCUGGUGGUGCUGAUGGUGGUGGUAGUUCUUCUGCUACAGCUACAGCGCAGUUUCAAUACAAGCAUGACCAUCAUUCUCCUCAUCAGCCACUUGGAUUGGUUCAAAACCAUCAAUUUCAUGUAGGGUACAAUUCAUCAUUGGGAAUGGUCAAUGUAUUAAGGAACUCAAAGUACACCAAACCAGCUCAAGAACUAUUAGAAGAAUUCUGCAGUGUGGGUAGCGGUCGAUUCAAGAAGAAAAAACUUGGUAAAAAUAACAUAAACCCUAGCUCUUAUCCAAGCAAUGAUGGAACAACAACCAAUGGUUCAUCUUCAUCAACAAAGGAUCUUCCUCCAUUUUCAGCUUCUGAUAGAAUUGAACAUCAAAGAAGGAAGGUCAAACUUUUAUCCAUGCUUGAUGAGGUGGAUAGGAGAUACAACCAUUACUGUGAACAAAUGCAAACAAUAGUAAACUCAUUUGAUCUAGUAAUGGGUUAUGGUGCAGCAAUACCAUACACAGCUCUUGCUCAAAAAGCAAUGUCAAGACAUUUUAGGUGUUUAAAAGAUGCUAUAUCAAGCCAAUUGAAACACAGUUGUGAACUGUUAGGUGAAAAAGAUGGAGUUGGAACAUCAGGCAUAACUAAAGGAGAAACACCAAGGUUAAGGAUGUUAGAACAAAGUUUAAGACAACAAAAAGCAUUUCAUCAAAUAGGAAUGAUGGAACAUGAAGCUUGGAGACCACAAAGAGGCUUGCCUGAACGAUCUGUCAACAUAUUAAGAGCUUGGCUUUUCGAACAUUUUUUACACCCGUACCCAAGUGAUGCAGAUAAGCAUCUUUUAGCUCGACAGACUGGUUUAUCGAGAAACCAGGUAUCAAAUUGGUUCAUAAAUGCCAGGGUUAGGUUGUGGAAACCCAUGGUGGAAGAGAUGUACCAACAAGAGUCAAAAGAAGGAGGAGAUAAUAAUAAAGGAACAAGGACCAACAACAAUGCUGCAUCAACCCCUUCAACCACAGCGGUCGGCGGGGCAGGUGGCGCAUCACCACCCCCACAACCACCGGAAAACGACCCUUCACUCAUUGGAACCAAUACUACACAAUGCUUCUCCGAAAACCAACUUACCAACACCGGUACGAGUACUACUAAUACCUCCACCGCAACGGAGGUGACACCACCGGUUUCCGACUCGGAUAUCCACCAAAGACUAUUAGCUGUCACCGAUGACACAUGUCAUCGUGGCAGCAACACCAUUGUUGGGACCAUUACUGCUGGUAACACUGACAUUGGUUCGACCCUAAUAAGGUUUGGGACCACUGGGGGCGAUGUGUCACUUACAUUAGGGCUACGCCAUGCUGGGAACAUGCCCGAUAAAGCUUCUUCUUUCUCAGUUACAGACUUUGGGGGCUGUUAAUUUUUUUCUUCUUCCAAAUUACAUAUAUUCCAUAGCAUUUCUCUUAAAAUAGAAAAAAAAAAAACAAUAUAAUUCCA